AUGGAGACCGUUAGUCACGCCCUCAAAUUACCUCUUCAACACCAAAGUGCGUGGACAGAUUCAACUGUCACGCUUGAUUGGAUACGAUCCCAUCCUUUACGGUGGAAUCGCUUCGUGGCCAACAGGGUCACAGAAAUUCAGAAUCGCCUUCCUUCGCAUCAUUGGGGACACGUGUCUGGAGUGGAGAAUCCAGCAGACUGCGCAUCACGAGGACUGGACCCUUCAACCUUCACCCAUUUCAAGCUUUGGUGGAAUGGGCCAGAUUGGUUGAGCACCGGAAUUCCUACCCCUCGUCAAACUUAUCCAAAGCCCGACUCAUCCAUCGACAUGGAGGAGAGGAGGGAGAUCGUGAAUUGCAACGCUACGACAACUCAUCCCUGGUCUGAUCUACUCAACAACUGUUCAUCCCUUCUCAAACUGCAAAGAGUUACUGUUUGGUGCACGCGUUUCACUGUUAAUACUCGUCCACAUUUGGGUCACGCCAACACUGGCCCACUAACCCCUGCCGAACUCCACAACUCCCUCGUCAUUUGGGUGAAAAUUGUGCAAGCCCAAGAAUUCCCAUCAGAAAUCCAAUUUCUACAACAAGUGCCCCCAAGGGUGGACCCCAAGAGUCCCAUUCUCUCACUCAACCCAUUCCUCGACAAGAACGGAGUGCUCAGAGUUGGAGGAAGAAUCCACAAGGCACCACUCCCGUAUGACAACCGUCACCCUAUCCUCCUCCCUCGACUUGGGCGACUCACACAAUUGCUCAUCAUCCAGGAGCACGAGAAUCUGUUCCACUGUGGGCAACAACUUCUACUCUCAUCAAUCCAAACUCGUUAUUGGAUCAUCCGAGGACGUGACGCGAUUCGACACCAAUUGCGAAAAUGUGUGCGGUGCACUCGUCAACGUGCCGCCACGCUACAACAAUUUAUGGCAAAUCUUCCCCAGUUUCGCCUUCAUCCGUGUCGUGCCUUCACCAAGGCAGCAGUGGACUACGCCGGCCCAUUCCUGCUCCGACCCAUGGUCCCACGAAGUACAAGCACAAUCAAGUCAUACCUUGCAAUUUUUGUCUGCUGCGUCACACGAGCAAUCCACUUGGAAUUGGUCAGCGCCAUGACCACUGACGCCUUCAUCGCAGCCCUCCGCCGUUUCAUCGCCAGACGUGGUUGCCCAACAGACCUCUACUCUGAUUGUGGAACCAACUUUGUGGGUGCCAACCACGAAUUGAGAAAAUUUCUCGCCCUGUCCUCCACACCAAUUCACAAUCAAGAAAUUGCCAAUCAAUUGUCCCGUGAUGGUAUCCAAUGGCACUUCAACCCCCCUGGAGCUCCACAUUUCAAUGGACUUGCAGAAGCUGGGGUGAAAUCUGUUAAGUAUCAUCUCACCCGCAUCAUUGGUCAAACUCGGCUGACCUUUGAGGAGAUGACCACCACCAUCACUCAAGUUGAAGCAGUGCUGAACUCCCGUCCAAUAACUGCUGAAUCCUCAGAUCCAUCCGACUUGGCAGCAUUGACCCCUGGACACUGGACUCAUCGGCAACGAUGGUCCAAGGAGUACAUCACACGACUCCAACAACGCCCUAAAUGGAUGACGCCCCACAAGCAGAUUACCAUCGGCGACCUUGUCCUCAUCAAGGACGAACGACUCCCUCCAAUGACUUGGCGUCUCGGUCGAGUCCAGAAAGUGCAUCCCGGCGAUGAUGGACUCAUUCGCGUCGUCACUCUCCUCACAAAGGAUGGAACUCUUCAACGCCCAAUCGCCAAACUCGUCCUCCUCCCCGUUUCUCAAGACAGUGAUAAUAAAUCUUGA